UUUAAUAUUAUGCUAUAUAACACGCUGAAGUUGAGUUCACUUACAACUUUAUGAUCAUAACUAAAAUAAAUGUUACUUAAGACAAUAUAUUUUAUAUUUUUAGAAUUUUGAUGUUGGCUUUGAGCUUAAAAUAAGAUUUUAUAUUAUAUAUUUUUUCUCAUUUCAUCGAUCAAAUUAACAAUGAAAAUUGAAGAAGUCAAGAGUACUGUAAAAACUCAACGUAUAUCUAGCCACAGUCAUGUUAAAGGUUUGGGACUCGAUGAGUUAGGUGAAGCGAUUAAAAUGGCCUCAGGAUUAGUUGGUCAAGAAGAUGCAAGACAGGCAGCUGGAAUUGUUGUGGAUAUGAUAAAAACAAGAAAAAUGGCUGGCCGUGCUGUUUUAGUUGCUGGACCACCAGGAACUGGCAAAACUGCAAUUGCUCUAGCAAUUGCUCAUGAACUUGGAAACAAGGUCCCAUUUUGUCCUAUGGUUGGUUCGGAAGUCUAUAGUUCAGAAAUUAAAAAAACUGAGGUUUUAAUGGAAAAUUUUCGUCGUGCCAUUGGCCUCCGAAUUAAAGAAACAAAAGAGGUAUAUGAAGGCGAAGUAACUGAAAUGACACCAGUUGAAACGGAUUCAACUGCAGGAGGAUAUUCCAAAACUAUUUCACAUGUUAUUGUUGGACUUAAGACUGCUAAAGGAACUAAACAAUUAAAACUUGAUCCUACAAUUUAUGAAUCAUUACAAAAAGAAAAAGUUGAAACUGGUGAUGUUAUUUAUAUUGAAGCAAAUAGUGGUGCAGUUAAACGUCAAGGCAGAAGUGAUAGUUAUGCUACCGAAUAUGACUUAGAAGCAGAAGAAUAUGUACCAUUACCUAAAGGUGAAGUUCAUAAAAAGAAAGAAGUUAUUCAAGAUGUUACUCUACAUGAUUUAGAUGUUGCGAAUGCACAACCUAAGGGAGGUCAAGACAUACUAUCUAUGAUGGGACAACUUAUGAAAUCAAAAAAGACAGAAAUUACAGAUAAAUUAAGAAAAGAAAUAAAUAAAGUUGUUAAUAAAUAUAUUGAUCAGGGUAUUGCUGAAUUAGUCCCUGGAGUACUAUUUAUUGAUGAAGUACAUAUGCUUGAUUUAGAAACAUUUACAUAUUUGCAUAAAGCUUUGGAAAGUACAAUUGCUCCUAUUGUAAUAUUUGCUACUAAUAGAGGUCAUUGUACUGUGAGAGGGACUGAAGAUAUUAUAGCACCUCAUGGUAUUCCUAUGGAUUUGUUAGAUAGAUUACUUAUCAUCAGGACACUUCCUUAUGAUCGUGAAGAAAUGGAAAGUAUACUUAAACUUAGAGCACAAACAGAGGGUCAUGUUAUUGAAAUAGAUGCUCUACAUUAUUUGGCAGAAGUUGGAACCAAAACUACUCUGAGGUAUGCUAUUCAAUUACUAACACCUUCAUCUCAAAAUGCUAAAAUAAAUGGACAUAGUUCUAUACUACGAUCUGAUAUAGAAGAAACUACAUCAUUGUUUAUGCAUGCUAAAGAAUCGUCAAAAAUUCUCAAAAAAUGUGCUGAUAAAUUCAUGAAAUAAAAUAUUAUACAAGUAUAUUUUCUUGACACAAAAUGUAAACAUAUUCAUGAAUCUAUCAAACAGACUGCUAUUAAUACUAUUAAGGAAGAACCACACACUUACUACUCACGCUUCUCUAAACAACUUCAAAAUCAUCCCAAUCUAUUAAUAAAGGACCUAUCGAUAUCCACAGGAAAUCCUCGCCAUAGGCUAAAAAGGAAAUGGUGUUUUAAUUUGUUGUAAACUCAUUAGUUGCAUUAAUUCAAAAAAAUAUAUAUAUAAGAAAUAAAUAAAUAAUCUUUAAAUGUUGCUAA